GUUACCAUGAUGUGUGCAGAUCCUUCUUCGAGCCCUAGGAAGAGCCGAUGGAGAAUGAUGUAUCGGUGUUGGCCCUGCAGAGGAUGCUGCAGAAAAGGAGCAGGAGGAGAGGAGGCAGAUGACAUUGGUGGAGUCUCCGAGAGCGAAGAGGAGUUUGGGGACUCCGAUUUCGAGCUUGAUGUGGUACCAGCAGUCCCGACAACCACAUAUGUGGGCAGGCAAUUGGAGCAGCGGGAAAGGGAUCUCGGGGUGGAGCCGGCACCGGGCAUGGAGAGACUAGACACAGAUGUGGAGUUCGUGCUGCACGCCAUAAACGAUCCUGAUGAGGAGGAGGCUGCACGGGCAAAGGCAAUGGCAGACAAGCAAGCUGACCUUGUACGGCAACACCUGCACGAGGAUGACGCCCAUCGUGCUGCGGUCCCCACCCAUAGGGAGAGAGAGAGAGACGGGGCAGACACAGGACCAAGACACAAAUCAAGAUGUGGAGAACGUGGACGGGGGGGGGGGGGGGGGGGGGGGGGGGGGGGAGAAGAACAAAACGCCCAUGGAAGUGGGGAAUGUGAUGCAAGAAAAGGUGGACAAGUGCAGGGAGCUAAAAGACUGGACAUGCAGCAUGAGAAGGAGGAUUUGGAGGCAGCAAUGGAGAGGAAUGAAUUGCAGAUAAAGCAGUGUGCGGAAGCAGUGGAAGAGCAGCAUGCAGCAGGGGCGGUGUACACACCCAGGCCCCACCCACAUGCGAUGCCGAUGGUGGAAUCGGCGGAGCAAGAACAGCAGGCUGAGGACACGGGGCAGCAGGAGGAGCACAAGGCUGCAGAGGAGAUCAGCACACCCCCAAUGCCUGCCAUGAACGAGGCUGUCCACCAUGACAACCUCUGGAAAAGCUGGGCAGGGAGAAAGAGGAAGGCAUCGGUGGAGAAGGAACCGUCAGCACCCCGUCAUGGACCUAGGAGGCCCGAAAAGAAGACGAUUGUGGCAAUAUACCCGAAGCAACAGAGAGCCCGGGCAGGCCUCGCAAGGGUGAAGGAGCACGGGAAGCCUUGCAAGGGUGUUUCCAUUGCUGACGAUGAUCCCGAUUCAGAUGAUAAUGCCCCCCAGUCGUCUGAUGAGGGGUCCAGCCCAUGCGAGUCCAAAUGACAUCGCGCGCACGCGCGCGCGCGAACGCGCGAGAGAGAGAGAGAGAGAGUUCUCCAAUUUGUCACCACGAUGAUCUGAAAGAAAUCUCUCUCUGAAUUUCUGAAAACGUUUGCUGCUAAUUAUCUUCUUCUUCUUCUUCUCUCAUGUACUUCGUCUUCUUCGUCUGGUCAUUGCAAUGUCGGUGCGAGGAUGUAUGCCAAUGCCUAUGUUUUCUGAUGUUCGCAAUCAGUAAGGCCAUCGAACCCCUCUUUCAAAAAACAAAAAUCCAUUUUUGAG